GUGAGCCUGCAUAUGGCCUGCAUGCAGUAUUGUGCAGGAGCAGACUCCCCGCAGGGAUCCCCAGGGUUACACACACUGCUGUUUAGAUGGCUGACAGAAAGGAGUAACUUGGUGAACGGUGCUGCAAACACUCUGGGAUCAUCUAGCAAGUGUCUCGGGCACUUAUUACGAUAACAUGGAGCAAGAAUUUGAAGACAUUGAUUCGUCCGGGAGAUGGCAAAACCUUUACAAUGAGAUCCGUAACCAAGCCAGCGAAUAUCCUUACAAAGUGGCAAAACUCCCAAUGAAUCGGAAUUUGAACCGCUACAGAGACGUCAGCCCAUUCGAUCACAGUCGGGUCAAACUUGAAAACUCUGAAAAUGACUACAUCAAUGCAAGUUUAGUCAUGAUGGAGGAAGCCCAAAGAGCUUAUAUUCUGUCUCAGGGGCCUCUAAGGAAUACCUGUGGUCAUUUCUGGCUAAUGAUUUGGGAGCAGUGUUCCAAAGCUGUUCUAAUGCUCAACAGAAUCAUUGAAAAGGGAUCUGAAAAGUGUGCACAGUACUGGCCCACCUCAGAGGAGCAUCCAAUGUCUUUCACUGACACAGGGUUUGUGGUCAGGCUGCUCUCAGAGGAAGACCAAUCCUAUUACACAAUACGGGUGCUAGAACUACAAAACACAAUGGUGAGCAUGAGAAGCAGUCUAUAA